AUGAAAAUUGAUACCCCCAAGGAUGGUGCGGUUUCAGAUGAAGAGGGCUCCAGGUCCAAGGAUCUCUUACCAUUCUCAAUCUCAGAAAUAGCGGCAUACAUAUGCUCACUGCCCGAUUCCUUUUUUCCGCGUCGCCGGCUUUAUCUCCCGAAGAUUCAAAAGACGCUUGUUUUGGACUUGGAUGAAACACUGGUGCACUCCACAAGUAAAUCUUCACGCAACUAUGACGCAAUGAUUGAGGUUCUUGUGGGAAAGUCUUCUUGCCUCUAUUACGUCUUCAAAAGGCCAUAUGUUGACCUGUUCUUGAAAAAAACUGGCUCGACUCGACAUCUGUUCUCCUUCAAAAACGCCUCUUUAGACAGAAGUGGUGUUUAUUUGAAGGAUCUACGCAUAAUUGAGCCCAAUCUUGCCCACAUAGCACUGAUAGACAAUGCCACUGCAAGCUUCAUCAUCAACCCAGAUAUAAACAGGCUUGCAUGCACUACGCGAAAGCUGUCGCUGGCUGCUUCUCGAUCCAGGCCUGUUGUUUUGGAUCUGGUACAAGCUAUUAGAAAUGAAAACAAGGGGAUGCCAAUGAAUUGGCUUAACCUCUUGAAGUGUCAACCCAUGUUGGGUAAUACACCUCUGAUGGAGCCAAAUGCCAUGCUAAGCAUGGAUGAAAAUACGAACCUCGUCAAAGAUGGCCUCCCCCCACUCCCUCCACAUCACACGUACAAGUCAACACCGGUCUUGGUAAACAGGUCCCUUAAUCAAUCCCGAAUAAUUUUAAAAACAGCAAAGGAGAAACUACGGCUGGAGAAGAACCUUAGGCACCUGAUGCAAAUGUCUCAUUCCGGACACUCUCGAAUCAAUGCCCAUGCACCUGGCUCUUUUUUCUUUAUUCAGGGAUCAAAUCAACCACAUCUUAAGAGAUUUCAAUUUUCAUAA